UCCAAUAAUGUCUCCAAUAUAUUUCAAAGGGUCUGAAGCACCAGACAACGUGGGUCACACUUUCGGCCCCAAAACCCCAGAGAGAAUAAAGAUCAUUGAACAGAUCGACCGCAUUAUUGGCUACCUCAGGGAGGCAAUUCACAAAAAUGGUUUGACUGAUCAUCUUAACGUCAUCCUGAGCUCAGACCAUGGCAUGACCACUGUUAAAAUGGCCAGUGAGGUUAAUGAGAUAAAACUUCGCAAUUACAUGAGUUUAUUCAAUCUAGCCCGCUUUGACCUGCUUGACUACGGUGGGUUUGGGAUGAUUACACCUAGGGAGGGCAAAGGACAGGAAGUUUAUGAUUCCCUGAAGAACGCACAUCCCAAUCUGACAGUCUAUAAGCAAGAAGAGAUACCAGAACACUUUCACAUACGCAAACAUGAGAGAAUUCAACCCAUCGUCCUUCUGGCUGACCUGGGCUUCAAUAUCAACUCUGUAAGUCUCUUUGAAAAUAAAUAUCCCUCAUUUUAG